GUCACGUGCAAGUGGCGUGAAGAUGGCAUUACCAGUGAUUGUCGUACACGGAGGCUGUGGAAACUUGAGUGACAACGUUAGUGUCAGAGACCGUAAGCAACGUGGAGCAGAAAAGGGUGCGCUAGCGGGGUGGGAGCUCCUGACCGGUUCGUCGGACUCUCGCACAACUUCGUCGACACACAGCAGCUGCGCAGCCUUGGAUGCCGUAGAGAAAGCCGUACGCGUCCUAGAAGACGAUCCAGAGUUUAACGCGGGCCGAGGGUCGAUGUUGACGAGAGAUGGCCUGGUAGAAAUGGACGCUGUCAUCAUGGACGGCAGGGACUUGAACGCCGGAGCGGUAGCUUGUGUGUCGACCGUCGCGAAUCCUGUAACACUAGCACGAUAUGUGAUGGAGAAAUCAGACCACGUCCUUCUGGUGGCCGACGGAGCAGAGAAAUUUGCAAAUGAGGUCGGCAUUCCGAUCGCCUCACGGACAGAACUCAUCACUGAAGAGGCGAGGUCGCGUCUUAUGGCCGCAACAGACUUUAGUAACGCAGCUAGACAACAUCUCUCUAGCGUAGAACCCGGGCACGGUACGGUUGGUGCGGUUGCAGUUGAUAGAGAUGGAAAUCUAGCUGCUGCCACAUCGACUGGUGGAAUGACUGGCAAAUUGCCUGGUCGGGUGGGGGACAGCCCACUUGUUGGAAGUGGAGCUUAUGCUGACAAUAGUGUUGGCGCUGCUUCUGCCACCGGUUCUGGAGAACACAUCAUGAGGAUGAACUUGUCUCGUUUAGCAUUGUGGCACAUCGAAGGUGGUAAAGCACCUCAAGAGGCAGUCAGAGAAGUGGUAGAGAAUAUGGAAACUCGCGUUCAUGGCAGUGGUGGACUCAUUGUAGUGGACAAAGGUGGAAAGAUAGGAAUUCACACGUCGACUAGAGACAUUGUUUGGGCGUCAUGCAGUCAAUCUGAAGGAUUAAGGAGUGGCCUCAAAGCAUUAACUAAAUAACAAUCAGAUGAAUGUUCACUGCUUAUUUGUGUGUGCUUUUCAUAUGGAAUUAUGAAACGUUUUGCAGUGCCAAACACUCAUUAAA